AUUUUGUCUCACUGUAAACAUCUGUGCACUUCAAAAUUAACCAGUUUAAAUCCAUCGAGUCCACGAAUUAUGACAUACAGAUGUUAUUCUGCUCUAAUAAUCCGUACAAAAUUAUUUAAAACCAUUUUAAUGUCUUUGAUUGGUCUGAAACGCGUCAGCGAUUGAAAAAGUAACAGUUACCACUUGACAGCUUCUUCCUGGCGUCAUUUGUGUCGUCAUCAGAGAGCAUGCGCGGUAGUGCAAAUCUGCCCAACGCUUCCGAAACACAAAUUUAAACUCUUGCGGGUACAGUUUAGAUUUAUAUACAUUAUUGCUGUAUUAUUUAAACAGUUUGAUUGUUAAUUCAGAUAUUUUGUCAUUGUAUAGAUCUUAUAUUUAAUUUCAUAAAUUCGUUUCGGUAAAAUUUGACCAAACGCUUCGUAAAUAUUACGAUUCAAUUAAAAAAGAACAACUUAAUGUAAUUCAUUUCAAACCUACUCGCAUCACAGACUCACGUCUCUGUGAAAAUUCGUAUAAUCUGAUUGAUUGACACCUGUCAGAUGCUGCUGGUUCCAUGGCUUCGACCUCCGAGGUGAACGUCCACAUGGAGGAAGUGGUGGUGGUCACAACCCCUGACACCCCUGGUCAGACCUCUUCAACAGAUGAGGAGAAAAACAUACUGGUGGCUACAGACCUGGAACAAUCUGGGGACCACAUUGUGGAGGAGACUUUGGAUUCCGAGGCUGAGUCUAGCAACAACAUCUCGCUGCCCAAGGACGUCUUGGAAACAAUAAACGUGGUGAAAGUAUCUGAAGAUACAGACGUAGACACGGAGAUUCUUUACCCGAUAACCUGUGGGGAUGCCAAAGCCAAUCUCAUAUGGAGGAAGUUUGUGUGUCCUGGCAUCAACAUCAAAUGUGUGCAGUUAAAUGAGCAUCUCCUCACUCCAAAGGAGUUUGUGUAUCUGGCUGGCAAGUCAACGCUGAAGGACUGGAAAAGAGCCAUUCGUCUCAAUGGGACCAUGUUAAGGAAGAUUAUGGAUUCAGGUGAAUUGGACUUCUAUCAACACUCCAGACUGUGUUCAAACACUUGUCGCAGUACCAAAAUUGACAUGGUGGGGUCACGAGCAUCAGUCAGCAGCCAGCAGUCCACAGAGACCGCCCCACCAACCCCUGCUUCAGUGGAUGUGAAUGGAUCCUCAGCAACAUUUUCCAACGACGCCAGUGAGGAUACCACAGAAUGGGUCACUGCUUUAGGAGAGGACACCAUGACGUUCUGGAGAGGGCUGAAGGAAGCUGGGUUAUUGGAGGAAGUCAUGGAGAACCUACAGAAUGAUAUUCAAGAGAUCUUCAAAAGCCUGGAGGAAAGUAUCCAAGAGCCUCCUCUCCAGGUUAAAGAUGCCGCUUUGCUCAACAAUAUAGUUCAGAACUUUGGCAUGCUGGAUUUGGUGAAGAAAGUUCUUGCCAGUCACAAAAGCCAGAUGGACCGCUGCAGAGAGCAGUACACACGCAGUUUAGUGGCCCUAGAACAGCAGUGUGACGAGCAUCGCAAGCGUGCCAAAGAACUAAAGAGCAAAUCGCAGCACCUCAACAGCGUCCUCAUGACAUUGACCCCCGUGACUUCACCUCCUUCAUCCAAGCGCCCUCGUCUGACCCGUGCCGUCUCAGGUCCCGCCACCGUGGCCCCCACAACCACCCAGCCCAUCACACAGCAUUUUACCCUACCCAUCACUCAGCUCGCCGGCAUCCCAUUGGACAAAGUGCUGUCGGGCCAGGCUCAGUCUCCUCUGAUUGGUGGAUAUACGGUGUUGACGUCCCCCGGUGGAGCCGAACUUCAGCCCGAUGGAUCUAAUGUAGCGGUGAUGAGCACUGCAGCGGUACCAGAGGGGUCACAAAGACCCACUCUCGUCAAAGUAGUCAGUCCGCUUCAGCUGGUCACAUUGCCCACCGUGGGAACUGGAGCCACAGUGCAGAAUCUGGCAGCACCAGUAGGGGGAGCUACAGGCCAUACUGUAGUUGCAAUGCCUGUUACCACAGUUAGUACUACGAAUACUGCCACUAUCACUGAAGCUUUUGAACCACAGGCAGAACAAACAGCAGAACAGACCGAUAACCAGAAGGAGAACGAGUAAAUAUUGUCCUGCAAAGUUAUGUUACACAAAGCCACCAUAUCACAUUAAACUACAGCUUUUAGCACUUGUUUUUUAGAUUGAUGCUUUUGCCCGGCUCUGUCAGAGAGAAAUUUUCACUUUUGCAAAACAACUGGCAUGGUAUUAUAUGAAGUGAAACUCUUAUUGUUGCAUUGCAUUUGAUUUAUUAAUGAUUGCAGUCGAACUGCAGUGUCAUAUAAAUCAGGCAGAGUUUCUGAAAAUGCAGCACUGAAAUUAUCGAAAUGUUUAUGAUUGUGAUGCUUUAUCGUUUGUAUUUGCAAUGUAAACUCCUUUGGAUGUAAAUCUAACUCUAUUUAUACUAAAAGGAAGUAUUGUCACA